GAAUGUCUGACAAUUUUGCAUCAAAUAUAAAUGAUCUAGCGGAAAUGUAUUCACAACCAAUUGUAAAAUAUUUUAAUGAGAACUCAACAGUAUUGUUGGAACCAUUGCCAAAUCAGAUGAAGGAUGUUGGCAAAGAAGAAAUGAGCCCAAUUGCAUUGGAAAAGACUACAGAUAAUUGGAAAG